AUGUCGAAGAAUACAGUUUAUAAUCGAUUCAGGACAGUAGACGUGGACGAAUACGACGAGAACAAAUUUGUUGACGAGGAGGAUGGAGGCGAAAAUCAGCUGGGUCCUGACGAGGCAGAAGUGGACUCGCUAAUCAGACAAUAUCCUUUUAUCUAGCUAGCAAAUCAAUACCUGUUUCGCUCAUUUGGCCAGUGUAUCUGCCGGUUCGUUUGCAUGCGUUAGUGCUGGUGCUGCUGUAAUUAUGGUGCCAAGCCAAGUAAGUGCCAUUAUGUCUGUUUACAUGUCUCAACUAGCAAGGUGUGGUUGGGUGGCAGCUGGCUAGCUUGUUAAUCUGUCUGACUCACUGAGGUAUAAUAAGAACGGUCUGAGUAUAUUAGGAUUAAUUGAUAUUGCUUGCUUGUUGGAUGCUAAAAGCUGGCAUAACAUUGUUGAGAAUGGUUCUGCCUGUUUUGGAAACGAUGCGAACGACAACAGUGCACGCUAUUUCAGUUGCACCAAUUGAUGUCAAACGUUAAUACUCGUCUAGAUUCGACUUGCUAGGAAGUGUGAAUGUGCACAAGUAAGUAAACUCGCUGUUUCAUAUGAUUGAGGCUACUUAUCUACAAGCAUAUUGAUAAGAAGGAUUAUUGGGGUCAAUUUCAAUUCAAUUUCAGCUCAAGAUAACCUAAGUACCCCAAUGAAGAACCCCAACCCUGUGUGGUAGUCACAUUCCAGGGAUUGUUUUACAACUCCUCAGGAAAGGUAUAUAGCUAACCAUUGGUUCCUUUAGAUUCCCUCAUAUACCCUUCAGAGUAAGUUUUACGGCACUGUAAUCUGAGACUUGUGAUAAACAUUGAAUGAGGAAAUGGAGUUCAAUGCCUUAUAAGUCAGUAGCAGCAAGACGAACCUCUCUGCAGCACUUCCUGUGUGAGUGUUGAGAACCAGGUCUCCACAGGGGGUCUGAAGGGGGUUUCGCCCACUCAUUUCAAGCUUGUACCCCCUCAGUUUUUGUUUUAUGUCCCUACAUAAAAAUAGCAAAAAAGUUCAAUUGAUUGAGUGACAGGUUGGUGCAAAAUAAAUCUGUAUCUGCGCUGUCAAAUCAAAUUGUAUUGGUCACAUGCGCAGAAUACAACAGGUGUAGGCUUUACAGUGAAAUGCUUACUUACAAGCCCAUUCCCAACAGUGCAGAGUUAAAAAGUAAGACACAUAUUUGCAAAAUAAAAAAGGAAAUAGUAACACAAUAUAAACAAUAACGAGGCUAUAUACAUUUACGUCAUUUAGCAGACACUCUUAUCCAGAGCGACUAGGGUUAAGUGCCUUGCUUAAGGGCACAGCGACAGAUUUUUCACCUAGUCAGCUCGGGGAUUAGAACCAGCGACCUUUCGGUUACUGGCACAACGCUCUUACCCACUAAGCUACCUGCCGUACAGAGUCAAUGUGCAGGGGUACGAGGUAGUUGAGGUAAUACAGUAUGUACAUGUAGGUUGAGGUAAAAGUUACUAGGCAAUCAGGAUAUAUAAUAAACAGAGUAGCAGCAGUUUAUGUGAAAGUGUGUGUGGUGUCAAUAUGCGUGUGUGUUGGAGUGUCAGUGUAGUAUGAGUGAGUGUGCAUAAACCCAGUGCAAGGGAGGCAGUGCAAAACAAUUUAAAGAUAAAUCAAUAAUAAAAGGGGUCAAUGUAAAUAGUCCGGGUAGCCAUUUGAUUAACAGUUCAGCAGUCUUAUGGCUUGGUGGUAGAAGCUGUUCGGGAGCCUUUUGGUCACAGACUUGGCGCUCUGAUACCGCUUGCCGUGCGGUAGCAGAGAGAACAGUCUAUGACUUGGGUAGCUGGAAUAUUUGACAAUUUUUAGGGCUGAUGUACUGGGCCGUACGCACUACCCUCUGUAGCUCCUUGCGGUCGGAUGCCGAGCAGUUGCCAUACCAGGCGGUGAUGCCGCCAGUCAAGAUGCUCUCAAUGGUGCAGCUGUAGAACUUUUUGAGGAUCUGAGGGCCCAUGCCAAAUCUUUUCAGCCUCCUGAGGGGGAAUAGUCGUUGUCGUGCCCUCUUCUCGACUGUGUUGGUGUGUUUGGACUUGAAGCGCUAUUACAGCCCGUCGAUGUUAAUGGGGGUGUGUUUGGCACUCUGUUUCCUGUUGUCCACGAUCAGCUCCUUUGUCUUGCUGACGUUGAGGGGGAGUUUAUUUUAUAUACAGUACCAAUCAAAUGUUUGGACACACCUACUCAUUCAAGGGUUUUUCUUUAUUUUUACUAUUUUUUACAUUGUAGAAUAAUAGUGAAGACAUCAAAACUAUGAAAUAACACAUCAUGUAUUAACCAAAAAAGUGUUAAACAAAUCAAAAUAUAUUUUAUAUUUGAGAUUCUUCAAAUAGCCAACCUUUGCCUUAUUGACAGCUUUGCACACUCUUGGCAUUCUCUCAACUUGCUUCACCUGGAAUGCUUUUCCAACAAUCUGCCUUCACUCUGCCGGCCGACUCAUCCCAAGCCAUCUCAAUUGGGUUGAGGUCGGGGGGAUUGUGGAGGCCAGGUCAUCUGAUGCAGCACUCCAUCACUCUCCUUGGUCAAAUAGCCCUUACACAGCCUGGAGGUGUGUUGGAUCAUUGUCCUGUUGAAAAACAAAUGAUAGUCCCACUAAGCCCAAAUCAGAUGGGAUGGCGAAUCGCUGCAGAAUGCUGUGGUAGCAAUGCUGGUUAACUGUGCCUUGAUUUCUAAAUAAAUCACAGACAGUGUCACCAGCAAAGCACCCCCACACCAUCACACCUCCUCCUCCAUGCUUUACGGUGGGAACUACACGUGCGGAGAUCAUCCGUUCACACACACAGCGUCUCACAAAGACACAGCGGUUUGAACCAAAAAUCUCAAAUUUGGACUCCAGACCAAAGGACACAUUUCCGCUGGUCUAAUGUCCAUUGCUCGUGUUUCUUGGCCCGAGAAGGUCUCUUCUUAUUAUUGGUGUCCUUUAGUAGUGGUUUCUUUGCAGCAAUUCGAUCAUGAAGGCCUGAUUCACACAGUCCCCUCUGAACAGUUGAUGUUGAGAUGUGUCUAUGACUUGAACUCUGUGAAGCAUUUAUUUGGGCUGCAAUUUCUGAGGCUGGUAACUCUAAUGAACUUAUCCUCUGCAGCAGAGGUAACUCAGGGUCUUCCAUUUCUGUGGCGGUCCUCAUGAGAGCCAGUUUCAUCAUAAUGCUUGCUGGUUUUUGCGAGUACACUUGAGGCGGCAGGUAGCUUAGUGGUUAAGAGUGUUGUGCCAGUAACCGAAAGGUUGCUGGUUCUAAUCCCCGAGCCGACUAGGUGAAAAAUCUGUCGACGUGCCCUUGAGCAAGGCACUUAACCCUAAUUGCUCCUGUAAGUCGCUCUGGAUAAGAGCGUCUGCUAAAUGACUAAAAUGUAAGAAACUUUCAAAGUUCUUGACAUUUUCUGUAUUGACUGACCUUCAGGUCUUGAAUGAACUUUUAAGAAGGCACACCUGUUAAUUGAAAUGCAUUCCAGGUGACUACCUCAUGAAGCUGGUUGAGAGAAUGCCAAGAGUGUGCAAAGCUGUCAUCAAGGCAAAGGUGGCUAUUUGAAGAAUCUCAAAUAUAAAAUAUAUUUUAUUUGUUUAACACGUUUUUGGUUACUACGUGAUUCCAUAUGUGUUAUUUCAUAGUUUUGAUGUCUUCACUAUUAUUCUACAAUGUAAAAAUAAAGAAAAAUCCUUGAAUGAGUAGGUGUUCUAAAACUUUUGACUGGUAGUGUACUUUUGUGUAUACUGUAUAGUGUAUAUUUGUAAAUAUCACUGUUGUCUUUCGAAACACCAGCGCUGUUGAAAUAAAUCCAACGCUUAAGUGCACCUUUACCUGCCUACGUCCUGCUGAAUCUUUGUCCUCACUACUGAUAAAGCCUCUAUUUUACGCUGAUACAGCACAGUGGAGAUGGGCUACCAAUUUCGCGCCAACCUGUCACUUCAACAGCACUCAAUGAUCUCAGUCUCUGCAUUUUAACUUUAUGUUUUUUGCGGUAUAGUGUGAUAGAAGCAGUUCAAUAUAAUUCCAACGCAAGAAACUCAAAAUGUUUUACCCCUCGCAGAUUUCAACUGCCUUCUUAGUCACUUUAUGCUGCCUCCGGGUCUGGUGUGUUGGUGGGUGUAGCCAGAGAUACUGGAUAUAAUGAUGAGAUGAUUGUGUCUCUGCUCUAACAAUGGGAUUUGUUGUCCACAGAGCGGAAGGGUGGGCUGUCAAGCUACCGCCUAUUCCUCUCUUUGGAUUGGUGGAAACAUCUCGUUAUUUGAAUAAUUAUUUUCGAUGAGCGGUGUUGACGUCAACUGCCUGUAUUCAAUGGAGAGUUAGAUGCUGUGCUAGCGUCAUGAAUAUGCAUAGACCGUCUCAAAUUUCGACAGGGACAACAAUGAUAUAAAGUGUUUUUUCUCAGAGUUGCCAGGAUGACACGUGUAUCACACUUAUAUUUCUACAAUUACAUCAUUUAGCAGACGCUGUUAUCCAGCGCGACUUCCGGGAGCAAUUAGGGUUAAGUGCCUUGCUCAAAGGUACAUCAACAGAUUUUUCACCAGUCGGCUCAGGGAUUCAAACCAGCGACCUUUCGGUUACUGGCCCAACGCUGUUAACCGCUAGGCUACCUAAGCAUUAUGAAACUUCUGUUAUCAAAUAAGCCUCACGUAUCAAAAUAGCAAUUCAUUUUGGUCUUGACCAAAUUCGACACUCAUUGCCCAAGACAUUCAGACCAAGACAUUCAGACCAAGACAUUCAGACCAAGACAUUCAGACCAAGACAUUCAGACCAAGACAUCAGCAAACAGUUGCAAAAGGCUUUGCAGCGGAAAGUGCGGAAACCGGUUACUCCAAACUGAAAAUGUUUUGCAACGAAAACGAGAGUUUCUAUUGGUCAAAUUCAUUCUGUUGGCUUCUGUUUGCUUUCUAGUAAAUACACCCCAGAUUGCUUUUCUGUUCAGUAGCUACACACACUGAGUGGUCAGGUGUCUGAUUGGUAGUAAACUGUGACAUUCAAUGUAUUGAUAUGAUGUAAUGAUACUAUUUUAUUUUCAAAGACCAGGGUAGGAUAUAUGUUAGAUUGGACAGACUGUUGUUUUAGGACAGUGUUAUACUCCAGACUACCAGAUAUUGUCCACGUUGCCUCCUUCAUCCCUCUCUGCACAGGGAACCUGAUGGAGGCCUUGCAGGCAGUCCUGAAGAACCCACCAAUCAACACCAAGAACCAGAAGGUCAAGGUAAGUCAAGACAACCCAUUGGAAAAAGACUUGUCUGACUUCCAUUUAGGUCCACCUAAUGCGUUUAGUAGAGACUCAGUCAUAGGAACUAUGGAUGUAGGCUAUUUCAUAGCUUCUUUUGACAUGUUACUAAGUUGGGUUCCCUGGAGCUUUCCUUGCGUACAUUCUUGUGGUACUUUUCUUUUUACAUUUUAGUCAUUUAGCAGACGCUCUUAUCCAGAGCGACUUACAGGAGCAAUUAGGGUUAAGUGCCUUGCUCAAGGGCACAUCGCUCGAUUUUUCACCUAGUCGGCUCGGGGAUUAGAACCAGCGACCUUUCGGUUACUGGCACAACGCUCUUAACCACUAAGCUACCUUCUUGUACUUUGUUGUGUUUUGUCAGGAGCGUGCGGAGGGCCUUGUGUUGAAGGUGCUGAGUGCCUUUAAGAGCAGUGACGUAGAGAACGGGAUCCAGUCUCUGGAUAAGAACGGAGUGGACCUGCUCAUGAAGUACAUCUACAAAGGCUUUGAGACGCCAUCGGAUAACAGCAGUGCCGUCCUGCUGCAGUGGCAUGAAAAGGUACUGCCACAGACAGACACCAUAUGUUUAACUGGCCUUGUGGGGACCAAACAAUUGAUUUCCAUUGAAAAUCAUAUUUCCCCUAUCCCCUAACCUUAACCCCUAAACCUAUUUCCCCUAAUCCAAACUUAAUUGUAAACCUAAUCCUAAACCUGACCCCUGAGCCUAAAAUAGCCUUUUUCCUUGUGGUUUCCGGUGAAAUGUCCCUACUUGUCUGAAUCUUCCUUGUUUUACUGUCCUUGUGAGGAUAAAAAACACAUGUAAAUUAGACUUGAUAAAAGUACUGCCACACACACACACACACACACACACUAAUUAGACUUGAUAAAAGUACUGCCACACACACAUACACACACACUAAUUAGACUUGAUAAAAGUACUGCCACACACACAAACACACACACACUAAUUAGACUUGAUAAAAGUACUGCCACACACACACACACACUAAUUAGACUUGAUAAAAGUACUGCCACACCACACACCACACACACCACAACACACACACUAAUUGAGACUUGAAAUAAAAGUAAUGCCACACCACACAACACACUAAUUAGACUACUUGAAUAAAAGGACUGCCACACACAAUACACACAACACUAAUAGACUUGAUAAACGUACUGCCACAAACACAAACACACUAAGUAGACUUGAUAAAACGUACUGCACACACACACACACACACUAAUUAGACUUGUAAAAGUACUGCCACACACACACACACACACACAAACAUAUUAGACUUGAUAAAAAGUACUGCCACACACACACACACUAAUUAGACUUGAUUUUAAAAGACUGCCAUACACACACACACUAAUUAGACUUGAUAAAAGUUACUGCCAUACACACACCACUAAUUAGACUGAUAAAAGUAUGCCACCACAAACACACACUAAUUAGAUUGAUAAAAGUACUUGCAUUACACACACAAACUAAUUAGACUGAUAAAAGUACUGCCAUACACACACACACUAAGUAGACUGAUAAAAGUACUGCCAUACACACACACACACUAAUUAGACUUGAUAAAGUACGGAAAUCCACAACACACUAAUUAGACUUGAUAAAAGUACUGCCAACACACACUAAUUAGACUUGAUAAAAGUACUGCCAUACACCCCACACACACACACUAAUUAGACUUGAUAAAAGUACUGCCAUACACACACACUAAUUAGACUUGAUAAAAGUACUGCCAUACACACACACACACACUAAUUAGACUUGAUAAAAGUACUGCCAUACACACACACACACACUAAUUAGACUUGAUAAAAGUACUGCCAUACACACACACACCAAAACUUAGACUAUAAAAGUACUGCCAUACACAACCACACACACACACUAAUUAGACUUGAUAAAAGUACUGCCACACACACACACACACACACACACUAAUUAGACUUGAUAAAAGUACUGCCAUACACACACACACUAAUUAGACUUGAUAAAAGUACUGCCAUACACACACACACACACACACACACACACACACACACUAAUUAGACUUGAUAAAAGUACUGCCAUACACACACACACUAAUUAGACUUGAUAAAAGUACUGCCAUACACACACACACACACUAAUUAGACUUGAUAAAAGUACUGACAUACACACACACACACACACACACACACUAAUUAGACUUGAUAAAAGUACUGCCACACACACACACACUAAUUAGACUUGAUAAAAGUACUGCCAUACACACACACACACACACACACACACUAAUUAGACUUGAUAAAAGUACUGCCAUACACACACACACACUAAUUAGACUUGAUAAAAGUACUGCCAUACUCACACACACACACUAAUUAGACUUGAUAAAAGUACUGCCAUACUCACACACACACACUAAUUAGACUUGAUAAAAGUACUGCCAUACACACACACACACUAAUUAGACUUGAUAAAAGUACUGCCAUACACACACACACUAAUUAGACUUGAUAAAAGUACUGCCAUACACACACACACUAAUUAGACUUGAUAAAAGUACUGCCAUACACACACACACACACACUAAUUAGACUUGAUAAAAGUACUGCCAUACACACACGCACACACUAAUUAGACUUGAUAAACACAGUUGCAUAUGAUAACGUACGUAAGUUCCAUGAUAUCCCUUCAUUCCCUCCCCCUCUGUCCCAGGCUCUAUCUGCAGGUGGCGUGGGAUGCAUCCUUAGAGUACUAACAGCCAGGAAGACCGUCUAACUAACAGAGGAGGAGAGGAGCCAUGUUCUUCACAGCAACCGUCUGGUCUGGUACACAUUACAACACAAGGAUGAUAUCCAGUAGAUCACAGCGUGCCACAGAGGAGAUCCCUCCUAUCUAUCUCUGCUUCUUUUUAGAUCUCACUUCCCUAUGUCUCCCUACACACACACACACUGACACACACACACACACAAACACUGACACACACACACACACUGACACAAACUGUUUCACGCGUUCACCCAAACACAUAAGACAUGCCAAGUUGGCAUGGUUUUGAGUAUUUUUACUUAAUUGGCUGCCCUCCCUUGACCCUAAAACACCAACACAAUGCUACAGUGCUCUUCUUAGGUCUGGCUUUGUUUCUCUCAGGAAAAGUCUAUUUUAUAACGGUCAGCUAAUUUUUCUACCCUGCUACUCUUUUUUUAUUAAAGCACUGUUAGGCCGUUGUCUCUGCUAAAAAGCUGAUCAGAGAAUUCCUGAGGGAACAGAAGCUUAGAAUUCCCCAGAAAAUCCCUCAUUAGCCCUUCCGUGACCCGUGGGGGCAGAGGGAGGGAGGCUCCUGAAAAGCACAGCCACAGAUGGAGCGGACGGAUUCUAUGGGUGGGGGACGUUUUCGGCUGCAGGGGCGGUCUGGCCAUCCUGCCUACCCUAGUUGGGUAUUAAUACCCACGAUGCAUUACGGCCCCCCUUUACUACCAGCACUACUGUUACUAAUCCUAGGCUGUGUUCCAGUGAAACACUACCCUACCACUUUGUGAAGCAAUGUAAUGGGAAUGCAGUCUAAGUGGUGUUCUGGUAUGGGUUUGGGGAGAUCUAUUCCACAGUGUUCUCUCACUCACUGAAUCACCUACAGGGCAUUAUCAUGUCAGACUGUUGUAAUAUUGCUUAGCAAGGGAUGCAUUUGUAGCGCUUCCAGGAAAUAAGAAUAGUUUCGCUAAGGACUAGGGUUGCAAAAUUCUGGGAACU